AUGAAUAUCGAGUUCUCUGAUUUAUUGCCGGCACGCUUGAUUCAAAAGUUUCCUCCUGCAAACGAAGGCGAGUCUGCUUUGCUAAAGCCUGAUCGCAUAACUGGAAACAUCGUUACAAAGGAUGCUCAGACUUCUUCACUGCAAUCUGUGUGGUUACUUGCUCAUGCAAGCUCUUUGGCAGCAUAUUCCUACGCACUCAAUCCUCAACUUAGAACUGACACCUCCUCUUCGAGCUCUAUACCGAGCUGUUGGCAGAACCAGCUUCUUGCAAGAUUAAAUGACUCGGUAGAUCGUGAGAGAGGCUUGGCAAAAAUCUGCAAAGAUGCUCGCGAAGCUAUCCAGGAUAUGGUUGCCUGCGUCAAUACGAAUAUCCAGGAAAACCCUGCUGGACAUUUGCUUUUGGCCAUGUACCACGCAGUUUCGAUUCAUCUUCUCUUCUCACCAUCCAAGCCAGCGAAUCCAACACACCAUGAUACCCGAGAAGACGAUAAUACCGAAAGAAAAUCGACGACAGCCCCUGAGAGCUGUCUUACCUUAACAAAUAGCCUGAAACUUGAGACACUUACUGGGCUUGAAACUGCUUGA